GUCACUAUACUGAUCGAUGGGCAUCAUGGAAGAAGAUACCCAAGGACACAAGAAAUAUGUUGUUUGGAGAGUUCAUGAGUAAAUGUUCUAUUUGUCCACCCGACUAUAUAUGGGCUAAAAAGAACUUUGAAGCACGAGGUGCAUAUUUGAUGAAAAGUACUUUAAGUAGGGUUCGUACCUUGAAAACAAGACCAGAUUGGCUGGGAGAUCAUGUAUGGAAUGGGUUACGUGAGCAUUGGGAUAGUGUAAGCUUCAACAUCAAAAGUGUCAAAGCAAAAGCAAACCGGGCAUCCGAUUGUGAUGGAUUUGGACAGUCCCUUCAUAUUGGUGGCUCUAUUACCACUUCUCAGCAUAAAGCAAAUAUGAUUAAAAAGACCGGAACCACUCCUACUCAGCUAGAAUUGUUUCGCCAGACACACCAACGCAAGGAUGCUACAUGGGUGGAUAAGAAAUCAGAACACGUAAAUGCUACAUUUGAAAGUACAUGGGAAGAUAGGACGCAAAAAGCAUCUGAGCAAAAUGCUCCUCCACCUAAUGAGCUAGAUGUGUGGCUUGAGGUAGCUGGUGUGAAAAAAGGUAGAAUUUAUGGAUUAGGAAUGGAGUCUACUGUGAUGCAUAACAAAUAUUGUGGCUCAAGCUCUUCAUCAUCUGAGUGGGUACGAAGAGAAGAGUUUGAUCAAUUGAGGGACACAUUAGACAUCACUCAAAAAAUGGUACGUCAGAUGAUGGAAAUGAUGCAAACAACAGCACCAACCAAUGUGCAUACAGAUCACGGUGAUAAUUCAGAUGAUUUAGAGGAGUCAGAGGAUGCAGAUGAUCUAGGUGGUUCUUGAGGGAUUAUUUGAACUUUAUCAAACUUUGUUUUUAAGUGUAAUGUAAUAGACUAGUUUAUGAAUGUUGACUU